AUGUGGCUGUGGAUGUGGCUGAUUCCGUUCGCUUCGGCACAACUCGACCUGAGCGCCAUCAGUAAGAAACGACUUUGUUCGGAGGCGGUGAGAAUAGAUGAAGUUCAGAGAAACAGCAGACGUAUCCAUCGGGGACCGUCACUGUGCCGACCACAACUGUUGGACCUUGUAAUGUCGGAUGCCAGAGUGGAUGGGUUCCGUACGGUGGAAACUGUUAUAAGGGACGCUCUGGGCGGAAGCUCAGAAUGGAAAUAAUUAGAGCGAUUUUCAGAAGAUGCUGGACGUGCUCACACAGGAGACGGCCGAGCAGGAAUGCGUGGCAUUCGGAGCCCAUUUGGCAUCUUUCGAGACUUCGGAGCAAGCGACUGCCGUUAAAAGUGAGCACUUUAGAUAGAAGUUUAUUGCCGAGAAGAGGUACUCAGCAAAAACCUUGUAUCGAACCAUAUCAGCCAAUAAUCGAGUUGCGAGUAACUCCCCAGUCAGAGACCCUUUCAGCCCUUGUCCUCGAUGCUCCAUUGUUUUCUGACGACCUUCUUUCCUUCAUCUCGAGCAGCCAAGAAUCGUGGAUCGGACUGAGCAAGGAAGUUUGCGAUGUCUGAAAUCCGGAAGCGAACUAAUUGGUUUUUGCAGGCGGAAGGCGCGUGGACUUGGACAGAUUCCUCAUCCGUCGAGUUCACAAAUCUCCCCGCCGGCACCUCGGUUUCCGGUGCUUCCUGUGUUGCUGUCAGUCCCUCGCGCCCCCCGCCCCCGGCUAAGGUCCCUGAUUCAGAUUAACUCGACCGGCACGUGGCAGCCGACGGCAUGCUCUUCCACCGCGCCCUCGUUCAUCUGCAAAAGGGAGGCGGCAUCUUAA